AACGAAUCUUAAGAAUUUUUCACGAUGGCCAGGAUGUCCGACGCCAUGGAAGGGAAAGCGCACGUUUGCGAAUUGCUAAGGACAUUGGAGAAUUGGAGAAAUAUUACCUAUUUUUCGAAAUGCAAGAGAUUAUGUUCCCAAUGGUUCAAUAUCGAUAAACGCACACCAAGAUGUAUGCAAUACGUUGACAAUUUGUCGGCAGUAAAUAUUGAAAAAAGAAGAUACGGUCGUCUUAAGAAUUUUUGCAUCAUACAUCCUUUUAGUUAUUUCAAGUUUCUAUGGGAAAUUUUAAUGAUGGUCGUUUAUGCAAUAGCUUUUUUUACAAUACCGUUUAUGAUAUCGUUCAUCGUUAUGGACUAUGAGGUGCUACGUUUGGACAAAGUGAAUUUAUUUAUUUAUAUAAUGUGCUGGUUGAACAUAAUUGUUACUUGCAUGACCGGUUAUUACGAUAAGAAAAAUAUGCGCGUAGAAUUGAACCUAUUGAAAAUAUUCAAAAAAUAUUUAAAGGGAUAUCUUCUGGUGGAUAUAAUUUCUUCCUUGCCGUACGAUCACAUCACUUUGUUUUGGCGAAAACUUCCGGGGAAUAGUUCUUUUUACGCGAUCACGUUGAUAAAUCUUUUGCCCCUGUUAAAACUGUCACGUUAUCCAACCCUAAACGAUUAUAUUUUUCAGUUUUAUCAAUAUUUUGCGAUAGAACACUUUUAUUACCAAUUGACUACUACACUCGCGUUAGGAUUUUAUUUGAUUAUUUGGUUCUCCUGUUUGUGUUACCUCUUGCCCGUAUUGAUGUUGUAUUUUUACAACAUUCCAUCAACGGAGUGCCAAGACUGUUGGAUGGUAGGGAUAGAAAAGGAAGGUUUGGCCUUUAAAUUUCAACACGCUUUCUUUAUAGUAUUGGAAAAUCUUUUAGCGAGCGGUUACGGCGUCUUCCCUCCGAAAACCGACGUUCACAUCGUAUUAAAUAUCGUACUGAUGAUAUUCGGCAGAUUCAUCGAGUGUUACAUCAUAAUUAUGUUUCUAGAGGUAAAGAGAAACAGCAAAGCAGCGAAAAGUAAGUAUCAAGAAAUAAUUAAUCAGAUAGGGGCAUACGCGAGACAAAAACAAUUGCCAUUUCAAAUAAAAAAUCGGCUCUUGGAGUACUACAAUUAUCGCUUUAAGGAAAAUUUCUUUCGCGAAAGAAACAUCCAAAGCAUUCUUUCAGAACGAUUACGAGAUGAAAUCGCUAUGCAAUCUUGUCGGCGGUUGGUCCAGAAUGUGAAGCUCUUUAAAAAUGUACCUCAGGACAUUCUAAAGUCUAUCAUCAAGAAUUUGAAAUUUGAAUUGUACUUGCGAAAUGACAUUAUUAUAAGGGCUGGCUCCAUAGGGGAUUGUAUGUUUUUUCUAUCCAUUGGAACUGUCGCCGUUUUGACGCCAACUGGAAAAGAGAUAUGCCAUCUGCAUGAUGGCGCUCAUUUUGGAGAAAUAGCACUUUUAGCGUCUGAUCAAAAACGAGUCGCGACUGUGAUCGCUGUAGAUAUUUCCGAAGUUUAUCGUCUCGAUAGGAAGGAUUUUCGAAAAUGCGUUACCGUACAUUCUGAGUUAUUUUCCUCGAUCGAACGUAUAGCCACUGAAAGAAUAGAAAGGACUGCCAUAAUAGAGGAACACCAUAAAAGAUUCAUAAUGCGUUCGAGCCUUGCACACGACGAGGCAAGAAGAAGAUCGAAGAUAUAG